AAUUAAAGGCCUUGUCUGGAAGUCGCAGAGAAAGUUUACCUGCUCAACCGCUGUUUACUGGCUCAAACAUGUGGUCUGUCUGGUAACGUGCUCAUUCUCGCCCGCUCUCCACAAGCUGCACGUUAUCACCUGACUUCAUUGAGUUGACCUGGGUUAUUGUCGCAUGCCAAACAUCUCGACUCUAUUAUUGGAACAAGAGCCUCGGCCAGUGACUUUGAAAACUGCCGUUGUUGUGGCUCGAGGUCACGGCGCAAAGCAAAUCCUCCACAAAGUUGGAGAUUUUGCAGUUUUCUAUUUUUUUCCCUCACAGUCUCUCGCGCCGAGGCUUAUUUUUUCACCGAGCCGGACGGUAAAUGAUACGAUGAAGGGUCAGAAGAGUUGUCUGGUGCACGCAGCUACGCGUUCGGCUUGACAUUUUGUCUCGGUUUGACUUGUUCAGAAGCUAUGUGUGCUCGUGGAGCUUGUUGGAAUCACCAUGAAAGGGAAAAAGGUAAGAUUCUCCGUUUCUUUCUGCAAAAAAAAAAAAAAAAAAAUUAAAAAAAAAUGUAAAAUGCUUAAAGGGAAAAUAAAUCUGUUUGUGUUUAUGUGUAUGAGAGUUUAAGCCUACAGGCUGUUUUCUUUAAUCAGUACAACAGUUUUGCAGUGUUUAUGUUCGUAAAGAGCAGCCAGCGAUCUGUCACAGGGAGUCUGUAAAUAUUUUGCUGCACAUGUGGGAGGGGAGAAGGAAGCACAGUACAGGAAGCACUUUGUAGAGAUCUUUUUGUUUUGGUCUUGAAACCCAUCUUUUACUACCAUGGAACAUUGCACAAUAGGAUAGUCUGCAUAAUGGACGGGGAGAGCUGCAAAAGUCUCAACUUAUUCCCGUAUCUGCAGAAGUAAGUCUCAUAAAGAGGUCUGAUGCUGUUAUUUUGUAAUCUGAAACUUGGGCAGCAGCGUUCGGUAUGUGGACAGUUAUCUCAUUCUUUUUGUUGGAGCCGCAGGAGUAAUUAAAUAUAACGGACGGCUACUAGGUGCUUAAUGCAUGCUCUGCACACGGGUUUGUGAACAGGAAGGCUCGCUCUUAUGGCCGUUUUGUAGUUAUGUAACUGUACAGAGCUUGUGUUGGCACAUGUGCGGUAGAGGAAAUAAAAAAAAAAAGUCACCAACAAUAAGUCCUUUACACUAGGGGGAAGCUAGAAACAGACCAGAAUACGCCUGUAACUUGCUAUCAACAUGAAAUGCCAGUUUCGCUUUUUCGUUCACAUUUUUACAUUAUGCAUGUGUCCUUGCCCUAAAAAAGAAAGUGCAUGGCACCGAACUGAAAAAAACGUUAUCAGACGCAGAUUGCAUUUCCUUAGUGAGCAGAACAACAUGAGAGCAGUUAGGUUUAAAGUUCACGUCAGUCCAGACAGAACAGAGUGGUGCACCAGUACAGUAUAGCCCACUGAGGCUAAACAGGUGUUUGUCAGCUGUGAUCUCAACGUGUGGACGGGAUUCCUGUGAAAGUACAGGUGGCUGGUGGUGCGGUCGCAUCGAGACUUUGGAAAGAACAAAACACGAGCCAAAAGUUAACAAUGGCCUAGCAUGUCUGGUCCUAACCUGGUGAAGAAAGGACGUGAACACAGAAAGAUGGAUCUGCAGCGGGACUUCACUGUGGCCUCUCCGGCCGAGCUCGUCACACGAUUCGGCGGCAACCGAGUCAUAGAAAAAGUGCUGAUAGCUAACAAUGGCAUCGCUGCGGUCAAAUGUAUGCGCUCAAUCCGCCGCUGGUCCUAUGAAAUGUUUCGCAACGAGAGGACAAUCCGCUUCGUUGUCAUGGUAACCCCUGAAGACUUGAAAGCUAAUGCAGAGUACAUUAAAAUGGCCGACCAUUACGUGCCCGUACCGGGUGGCACCAACAAUAACAACUACGCAAACGUGGAGCUGAUAGUGGACAUUGCGAAAAGAAUCCCAGUGCAGGCUGUAUGGGCAGGCUGGGGCCACGCUUCUGAAAAUCCCAAACUGCCUGAGCUCCUGAACAAAGCAGGAAUAUCAUUCUUGGGGCCAUCCAGCAAGGCCAUGUGGGCUUUAGGGGAUAAGGUGGCUUCUUCCAUUGUGGCCCAGAGUGCUGACAUUCCCACACUACCAUGGAGUGGAUCAGGUCUGAGAGUUGGCUGGACCGAAGAGGACCAAAAACUGGGCAAAGUAAUCAGCGUUCCUCCAGAGGUCUAUAAGAAGGGCUGUGUUCAUGAUGUAGACGAUGGACUAGCUGGAGCUGAGACAAUUGGUUAUCCCGUUGUCAUCAAGGCCUCUGAGGGCGGAGGUGGAAAGGGUAUCCGAAAAGUUGAAAGUUCUGAGGAUUUUCCAGGUUUCUUUAGACAGGUUCAGGCAGAGGUUCCUGGCUCACCCAUCUUCGUCAUGCAACUGGCUCAGCAUGCAAGGCACCUGGAGGUCCAGAUACUGGCUGACGAGUAUGGAAAUGCGAUAUCUCUGUUCGGACGGGACUGCUCCAUCCAGAGAAGGCACCAGAAGAUCAUAGAGGAGGCUCCGGCCACCAUAGCUGCUUCCUCAACCUUUGAGCAAAUGGAGCGGUACGCUGUGCGACUGGCCAAGAUGGUGGGCUACGUGAGUGCCGGUACUGUGGAAUAUCUCUUCUCUGAAGAUGGAAGUUUCCAUUUCCUGGAGCUAAAUCCACGAUUGCAGGUGGAACAUCCCUGUACAGAGAUGAUCGCAGAUGUAAACCUGCCAGCUGCCCAACUUCAGAUUGCAAUGGGCAUCCCCCUAUACAGAAUUAAAGACAUACGCUUGCUCUAUGGAGAAACUCCGUGGGGUGACAACAUCAUUAACUUUGAGACCCCAGACGGCCUCCCCUGUCCAAGAGGCCACGUCAUAGCUGCUCGGAUCACCAGCGAGAACCCAGAUGAGGGCUUCAAACCCAGUUCUGGCACCGUUCAAGAGUUGAACUUCCGCAGCAGUAAAAACGUCUGGGGUUAUUUCAGUGUUGGGGCGACUGGUGGCCUCCACGAAUUUGCAGAUUCGCAGUUUGGACACUGUUUUUCGUGGGGCGAGAACCGUGAAGAAGCUAUUUCGAACAUGGUUGUGGCUAUGAAGGAGCUUUCCAUCAGAGGAGAUUUCAGGACGACGGUCGAAUAUCUGAUUAAACUACUCGAAACAGAAAGCUUUAGAAACAACGACAUUGACACCGGCUGGCUGGAUCAUCUUAUUGCGGAGAAAGUACAAGCAGAGAGACCAGAAACCAUGCUCGGCAUUGUCUGUGGGGCUUUGCAUGUUGCUGAUGCCAGCUUCAGAAAGAGCAUGUCUGAUUACCUGCACUCACUGGAAAGAGGCCAGGUACUGCCUGCUGCCAGCCUGCUCAACUGUGUCAAUGUGGACCUCAUAUAUGAAGGAGUUAAAUUCUGUCUGAAGGUCGCUCGCCAAUCCCCAACAACUUAUGUCGUCAUGAUGAACGGCUCCAACAUUGAGAUAGACGUGCACAGGUUGAAUGACGGCGGCCUCCUGCUCUGCUACGACGGCAGCAGCCACACCACCUACAUGAAGGAGGAAGUGGACAGCUACCGUAUCACCGUUGGCAACAAGACUUGUGUAUUUGAGAAGGAGAAGGAUCCCACGGUGCUGAGGUCGCCCUCUGCUGGUAAACUGCUGCAGUACAUGGUUGAGGACGGGGGUCAUAUUUUUGCGGGAGAAACCUACGCAGAGAUUGAGGUUAUGAAGAUGGUGAUGACUCUCACUGUGCAUCAGUCUGGCUGCAUCCACUUUGUCAAAAGGCCGGGGGCGGUUCUGGAGUCUGGCUGCGUGAUGGCACACAUAGACCUGGACGACCCCAGCAGUAUACUUAAGGUGGAACUCAACACAGCCACGCUGCCGCCCCAGCAACCACUCCCCAUGGUUGGGGAAAAGCUUCACCAGGUGUUCCACAGUGUGCUAGAAAACUUGGUUAAAGUGAUGGAUGGCUACUGCCUUGAAGAGCCCUACUAUAGCAGCAAGCUGAAACAGUGGGUGGCUACUUUGAUGAAGACUCUAAGGGACCCGUCACUGCCCCUGUUGGAACUCCAGGAGAUCAUGACCAGCGUGGCGGGUCGUAUUCCGGCUAGCGUGGAGAAAGAUAUCCGAAAAGUCAUGGCUCAGUAUGCGAGCAACAUCACCUCUGUCCUCUGCCAGUUCCCCAGCCAAAGGAUUGCAAACAUUUUAGACAGCCACGCAGCGACCUUGCAGAGGAAGUCUGACCGAGAGGUUUUCUUCAUGAAUACUCAGAGCAUUGUUCAGCUGGUGCAGAGAUACCGUAGUGGGAUUCGUGGUUAUAUGAAGUCUGUGGUUCUCGAUCUGCUGAAGCGCUACCUGCAAGUAGAGAUGCAGUUUCAACAAGCUCACUAUGAUAAGUGUGUUAUCAACCUGAGAGAGAAGUACAAACCCGACAUGAGUCCAGUGCUCGACUACAUCUUCUCUCACGCUCAGGUCUCCAAGAAGAACAUCCUGGUCACAAUGCUCAUAGAUCAGCUGUGUGGACGGGAUCCCACCCUCGCAGAUGAGCUCAUGGCUAUUUUGAAUGAACUCACACAGCUCAGCAAGAUGGAGAACUCAAAAGUAGCACUGAGAGCCAGACAGGUGUUGAUUGCCUCUCAUUUACCAUCAUAUGAACUGAGACACAACCAGGUGGAGUCCAUCUUCCUCUCUGCCAUUGACAUGUACGGCCACCAGUUCUGCCCGGAGAAUUUGAAGAAACUCAUCCUCUCCGAAACCUCCAUAUUCGACGUGUUGCCCAACUUCUUCUAUCACGUCAAUCAAGUCGUGUGCAUGGCCGCCUUAGAGGUGUAUGUUCGCAGGGCGUACAUCGCCUACGAGCUGAAUAGCAUCCAGCAUCACCAGCUGCAGGAUGGAACCUGUGCUGUGGACUUCCAGUUUAUGCUGCCGUCAUCACAUCCAAACAGAGGGAGCAGCCGUACUCUGAACAGGGUUCCUGUGCCAGUGAAUGGAUCAGGCCAGUUUAAAAUGAGGCGGCAGAGCAGUGAGCUCUUCCUCGAAGGAGCCUUUUCUCCGCCAUGCCAGCGCAUGGGGGCCAUGGUGGCUUUCCAGGAUUUUGAUGAUUUCAAAAGGGAUUUUGAUGAAGUCCUGUCCAGUUUUGCAGAACCACUCUUGGAGGACUCUCCGUUUUCAGAGUCCUGCUCAAGUCUCUACGAGGACGAGAGCUUCAAGAACACCAGGGAGAACCCAAUCCACAUCAUUAACGUGUCCAUAAAAACGGCCGACACUGAAGACGACGACGCCUUGGUUACAGCCUUUACUGCCUUCGCCCAGUCAAAGAAAGCAAUCCUGUUUGAGUAUGGAAUCAGGAGAAUCACAUUUUUGAUUGCACAGAAGAGAGAAUUUCCCAAGUUCUUCACGUUCAGAGCUAGAGACGGAUUCCAGGAGGAUCGAAUUUACCGGAACCUGGAGCCGGCUCUGGCCUUCCAGCUCGAGCUCAACCGAAUGAGGAACUUUGACCUGACAGCCGUUCCCUGUGCCAACCACAAAAUGCACCUCUACCUGGGCGCUGCUCGUGUUCAGGAGGGAGCGGAAGUCACUGACUACCGCUUCUUCAUCAGAGCAAUCAUCCGCCACUCAGAUCUGAUUACAAAGGAAGCUUCCUUUGAGUAUCUCCAAAAUGAAGGAGAGCGUCUUCUGCUGGAAGCCAUGGAUGAGUUGGAGGUGGCCUUCAGUAAUACCAGUGUCCGCACAGACUGCAAUCACAUUUUCCUCAACUUCGUCCCCACUGUCAUCAUGGACCCCUCUAAAAUAGAGGAGUCUGUCCGCUCCAUGGUGAUGCGCUACGGCAGUCGUCUUUGGAAGCUGCGCGUCCUUCAGGCUGAGCUGAAGAUCAACAUUCGUCUGACACCAACUGGGAACGCCAUUCCUAUCCGGCUGUUUCUCACGAAUGAGUCUGGCUAUUACUUGGACAUCAGUCUGUAUAAAGAAGUCACUGACCUAAACUCUGGGCAGAUCAUGUUUCAGUCAUACGGAGACAAGCAAGGUCCCUUGCAUGGCAUGCUCAUCAACACUCCAUAUGUGACCAAAGACCUGCUGCAGUCCAAACGCUUCCAGGCUCAAACGCUGGGCACCACGUACGUCUAUGACUUCCCUGAGAUGUUCAGACAGGCAUUACUGAAGCAGUGGGGUCCAGGGGAAGUAUCUCCUAAAGAUGUGCUGAUGUGCACUGAACUAGUACUGGACUCAGAAGGUCGACUAGUGCAGUUGAACCGCCUGCCUGGAGACAAUGACGUGGGAAUGGUUGCCUUCAGGAUGAAGAUGAAGACUCCCGAGUACCCGAAGGGCAGAGACAUUAUUGUCAUCUGUAACGACAUCACUCACAUGAUUGGCUCGUUUGGUCCUCAGGAGGAUGAGCUCUUUCUCAGGGCGUCAGAGUUGGCUCGUGCCGAGGGCAUUCCCCGCAUUUACAUCGCAGCCAACAGCGGAGCUCGUAUCGGGCUCGCCGAAGAGGUCAAACACAUGUUCCAGGUGGCCUGGAUCGACCCCGCUGAUCCCUACAAGGGGUUCAAAUACCUUUACUUGACACCACAAGACUACACCAGGAUCAGUUCCACCAAUUCUGUUCACUGUCAUCAUGUAGAGGAAUGUGGAGAGUCCAGGUACAUUAUCACUGACAUCAUUGGGAAGGAUGAAGGUCUUGGCGUUGAGAACCUGCGAGGUUCUGGCACCAUCGCUGGAGAAUCUUCUCGGGCCUAUGACGAGAUCAUUACCAUCAGUAUGGUGACGUGUCGCGCUAUUGGAAUCGGGGCCUAUCUCGUCCGUUUAGGACAGCGCGUGAUCCAGGUGGAGAACUCCCACAUUAUCCUGACUGGAGCAGGGGCUCUUAACAAGGUUCUGGGCAGGGAGGUCUACACCUCCAACAACCAGCUGGGAGGAAUCCAGAUCAUGCACAAUAAUGGAGUCACACACACCACUGUGCCAGACGACUUUGAGGGUGUUUUCAACAUCCUGCAGUGGCUCUCCUACAUGCCAAAGAACAAACACUCCCCUGUUCCUGUCAUAGCGAUUACAGACCCAGUAGACAGAGAGAUAGAAUUUACUCCCACUAAAGCGCCGUAUGACCCCCGCUGGAUGCUAGCUGGGAGAUCUCACCCCUCGGUGAGAGGUGCUUGGCAGAGUGGAUUCUUCGAUUAUGGCUCUUUCAUGGAGGUCAUGGAGUCCUGGGCUCAGACUGUGGUCGUGGGAAGAGCACGAUUAGGAGGAAUCCCCCUGGGUGUCAUUGCGGUUGAAACACGCACCGUUGAGUUCACUGUCCCAGCAGAUCCAGCCAACCUGGACUCAGAAUCUAAAGUUCUGCAGCAGGCCGGUCAGGUGUGGUUUCCAGAUUCAGCUUUUAAAACGGCUCAGGCGAUUUGUGACUUUAACCGGGAACGUUUACCCCUCAUGGUGUUUGCCAACUGGAGGGGCUUCUCGGGGGGGAUGAAGGACAUGUAUGACCAGGUACUCAAGUUUGGGGCCUAUAUUGUGGAUGCCCUGCAUGGUUUCCACCAGCCAGUGUUGGUGUACAUCCCACCGCAGGCUGAGCUGAGAGGGGGGUCCUGGGUGGUGAUAGACCCCACCAUCAACCCACUUUGUAUGGAACUCUAUGCUGACAGGGAAAGCAGAGGUGGCGUGCUGGAGGCUGAGGGUACAGUGGAGAUCAAAUUCAGGAGGAAGGACCUGCUGAAGACAAUGAGAAGGCUAGACUCAGUUUAUUCCAGUCUGGUUGAGCAGCUCGCUUCCCCUGAGCUAUCCGACAAACAGUGCAAAGAGCUGGAGUCAAAGCUCAAAGCCAGAGAGGAAUUUCUGUUGCCCAUCUACCACCAGGUGGCAGUGCAGUUUGUAGACCUGCAUGACACCCCAGGCAGGAUGCAGGAGAAAGGUGCCAUCACUGAUAUUUUGGACUGGAAGAAUGUGCGAACCUUCUUCUACUGGCGUCUGCGUCGCCUCCUGUUGGAGCAGGUGGUGAAAUGUGAGAUUCUGCAAGCCAACAAGGAUCUCAGCGAUGGGCACAUGCAGUCCAUGCUGCGACGCUGGUUUGUUGAAACUGAGGGAACAGUUAAGGCUUAUCUUUGGGAUAACAACCAAACAGUGGUCGAGUGGCUUGAGAAGCAUUUAUCUGACGAGGAUGGUACCCGUUCGGCUAUCCGAGAGAACAUCAAAUACUUGAAAAGAGAAAACGCUAUGAAACACAUUCGCAGCCUGGUGCAGGCUAACCCCGACGUGGCCAUGGACUGCAUCAUCCACAUGAGCCAGAACAUCACUCAGGCCCAGAGGGCCAAGCUGUCGCACCUGCUUGCAACAAUGGACAGCACCAGCUCCACUUAAGCAACGGCACUUUACCAUGGUUGCACUAUUAAAGAGAAGAAAAAACGCUCUACUUUAGUUGAUUGUACUGUUAUGUAACACAAGUGUGUUGCAGGCAUUAAAGUGCUUUAGUGGUAAAAGGAGAAAAUUGUAAGGCUAAAGAAACACUGUCUUGAACUUCAGGUUUAGAAUUUAGAGGAUUUUUGUAAAAAAAUAAAAGAAUGAUAUGCACACACAAUAACAGUGCUCUAUACAGAGUGGCCUCUCCAUGUGUGCCACAAUGGACAGUUCAGUCUUGUACAUUAAGUUAACCAGUCAGUCAUUUCAGUUGCUCGGACCAGGAACUGUGUUUCCUUGGUCACUGUCACGCACAUUUCACUUUGCUGUAUUUGUACACAAAAGUUAUCAGUGUUACCAUUACCUUACUGGUGCAGUCUGUUGAGUCUGGAGUUAUUCAGGCGUCAUACAAUAAGAGACUUGAUAUUCACGUGCUAGUUUUGUUAUUUAGUUGAAGAUGGAGAAUGCGUGAUCAUGUUUGAAUGUAAAAAUAAGCUUGUUUAAGAUUUUUUUCCAUCGAAAAUAAGUACAUUUGUGAUCGAGAAAAGGUUGAAGUCCAUCUGUCUUCUGUCUUAUUGUUGUAUUGACUUGACUUAGACUCAGUUUUCACUGCCACUUUCAUUCUUGUGUUUUGUGGUUGAACCCCAUGGUUUGAAUGUAAUGUGACACUGUAUGCGAUACUUCAGAGUUCGGUUUAGUCUGUAGAUCUCUGGUAUAAAGCAGCCAUUCUUAAAACUCAGGUUUUGUGUAGGGGUGGACAUUAAUUGCCAAAGCGAUCCGUCAGGCACCGUCUUGAUUCUCCUUACCUCUGACUAAAAUACCACGAAUGCCAUUCGUUUGAAUGUAUAUUAACUCUUUCAUGUGUCUUGUAUUUUACCAAGGGCUGUUUGUCAAUAAAUGUCACUUGAUAUA